AAUCUUUCAUCCUCAUAUCUUAAUCAUGAAUCUCUACUAAGCUCACAACCCACAAUGUUCUUUGAGCAGGACCCAUCUUCAAAAUCUUUUCAAGCAAAUGUCUUCCACACAAACCCAUCUCAGAACCCUUCUGAAACGCCUCCAAAACAUCAAAACUGAGUCUCAAGCGAGGCAGCUCCAUGCCCAAAUCCUCAAAAUCCAUCCCCGCUCUCGGUCUGAUGAUAUCUCCACCAUUUUAUCUCUGUACACAAACUUCAAUCUUUUACCAGACUCGAUUUUCCUCUUCAAAUCCCUCCGGUCACCCUCAGUUCUUGCUUGGAAAUCCAUCAUCAGAUGCUACACCAAAAGUGGCUUUUUUUUGGAAUCAUUGACUUCUUUUAUUCAAAUGCGUGCUUCUGGUCGAUGCCCAGAUGAGAACGUGUUCCCUUCUGUGCUAAAGUCGUGUGUAUUUUUGAGGGACUUGAGGUUGGGUGAGUCCGUUCAUGGUUGCAUUAUUAGGCUCGGUAUGGACUUUGAUUUGUAUACUGGGAACGCCCUUAUGAAUAUGUACUCAAAGCUUCAGAUUUUAGGUGCAAGUAGAGGGCAGAGAGGUUGUGCAUCGAAGAUGUUUGACGAAAUGGCUCAAAGAAGGCAAAAUGGUGAUUUUACGGGUAGUUUUGUUAGCAGAAACAUUAAUGCCUCUGGUUCGUCUAAGGACCUUGACAAUGAGAAUUUCAGCGUUGAUCAGAAUGUCAAUCUGAGCAAACUCGGUGAUAGUUUAUCUCGAAUGGAUGUAAACAAGAAAAUUGAUCAUUCCUCUGGUAGAAGAAAUGUUGUUUCAAAUGGGGAGAGAGACGAAAGAAUUUCUCCAUUGGAUGCGGUAAGUAAGGUUUUUGAGAUGAUGCCAGAAAAGGAUAUUGUUUCCUGGAAUACCGUAAUUGCUGGGAAUGCGCAAAAUGGUUUGUAUGAACAAGCUUUGCAGAUGGUUAGAAAAAUGGGGAAUGAUGGCUUAAAGCCUGAUUCAUAUACUCUGUCCAGUGUCCUUCCCAUAUUUGCAGAGUAUGUGGAUGUCAUUAAGGGAAAGGAGAUUCAUGGAUAUACUAUUAGACAUGGGUUUGAUGCGGACUUAUUCAUUGGAAGUAGCUUAAUUGACAUGUAUGCAAACUGUACUAUGGUUGAAGAUUCAUGUCGUGUAUUUAGCCUCUUACCCCAACGUGAUGACAUUUCAUGGAAUUCAGUUAUUGCAGGUGUCAUGCCAGCUUGUGCUCACUUGACAACUCUGCAUUUAGGAAAGCAACUCCAUGGAUACAUAAUUAGGGGUGGAUUUGAUGAUAAUGUGUUUAUAGCCAGCUCCCUUGUUGACAUGUAUUCCAAAUGUGGGAACAUUAGGAUAGCAAGAUGGAUUUUUGAUCACAUGCAGCAGCAUGACAUGGUGUCAUGGACGGCCAUUAUCAUGGGACAUGCUUUGCAUGGGCAUGCUCGUGAUGCCAUUUCCUUAUUCAAGCAGAUGGAAAUGCAAGGAGUCAAACCGAAUUAUGUUUCCUUCAUAGCAGUGUUUACUGCUUGUAGUCAUGCUGGAUUCACAGAUGAAGCUUGGAAAUAUUUCAAAAUUAUGACACAAAAUUAUGGCAUUGCUCCAGGCUUAGAACACUAUGCUGCUAUGGCAGACCUUCUUGGGCGUGCAGGGAAACUGGAAGAAGCUUUUGAGUUUAUCUCUAGCAUGCAUAUUAGACCUACAGGCAGCAUCUGGUCUACGUUACUGUCUGCUUGUAGAGUCCACAAGAACAUUGAGUUGGCCGAGAAAGUUGCAAAGAAAAUAUUUGAUGUUGAUCCAGAAAACGUGGGAGCUCAUGUUCUCAUGUCAAAUAUAUAUGCGACUGCUCAGAGGUGGAAAGAGGCAGAAAAGAUGAGAACCUCUAUGAGGAAAAAAGGCAUUAUAAAGGCACCUGCUUGCAGCUGGAUUGAGGUUAAAAACAAGGUUCAUACUUUCAUGUCAGGGGAUAAAUCUCAUCCAAGCCAUGAUAGGAUAAAUGAAUCUCUUAAAGAUCUUCUGGAGCAGAUGGAACAAGAAGGUUACGUUCCUGACACAAGUGAGGUCUACCGUGAUAUUGAGGAGGAGCAAAAGAAAUACUUGUUAUUUGGCCACAGUGAAAGAUUGGCCAUAGCUUUUGGUAUCAUUAGCACACCUACUGGGAUGACAAUCCGAGUAACUAAAAACAUUCGGGUUUGUGUGGAUUGCCACACAGCUAUAAAGUUCAUAUCAAAGAUUGUUCGAAGAGAGAUAAUUGUGAGGGAUAACUCCAGAUUCCACCAUUUCAAAGAUGGGAAUUGCUCAUGUGGAGAUUAUUGGUAAAAGGUUAGGCCAAAGUAUUUUUAAAUUAAGACCCUUUAUUGUUUAGAAAGCAGGUGAAGGGUCUGGCUCUUACAUGGAAGUAUUGGUUAACAGGUCAGGUGAUAGAUUAUUGGUAACAGGUCUGCACUUUGGAGAAUGCUUGUAGAAGAUUGUAACAAUGAUCCAUCCACCAACUUCUACACAUUUCACACAUAAACAACGAAAUUAGAA